AUGGCAGAUGUUACGGUAUUCAUCAAAAGGAACUCUAACGAGAGCAUCAACACCUUAAAUGAUAAUCCACCUCCUCUUCCUACCACCAAAGGACUGUUAUCGAAUAUUUAUUCAUUGCUUGGAGGCAAUGCGCCACAAAAUGGCAAACUCAGUGAUGUGGACAAGCUGAAACUUGCUACUAAACGAAAUUCGUUUUUUGACAAGACUUCAAAAUCUUCUGAUAACUUGCUGGAGCUAGAAGCAUCAUUUGAGGAUCCUGAUGCUCUCAAAAUGAAGGCCAUGGGUCGACCCAAAUCCGUCAAAAGAUCAAAGACAUCCAAAUCUACUCGCUCCAAAAGACGACAAUCUAGCGUCAAACCUCAAAUACCAAGCAGUUUGAUUAUCUCUACCCAACCUUUAUCUCCAGUUUACGACCUCGCUAGCGCCAAAGGACUCCCUUCAGCUGGUGUCUCACCUACCAGACUCGAUAUUCGUAUUCCGUCAACCAAUGUACCUCCUGUGCCUAAACUUCCAUCUCCUGUCGUGUCUACGAGUGAUGCUCUUACGGAACCUGUGCUUGAAGAGGAAGAAGAUCUUUGGGAGGAUGACUUGUUGGAUGAAUUAAAGGAGCGAUCCAAGGUGUUUAAUCGCCGUGCGUUUUUGGAACGUUUGGCUGCUUCUAGUGAGACAUUGAACACUGAUAAUGUUAUGGAUAUCUUGAAUACGUCCGGUGCCAAUAUCACUGCCGAUGAUUUCAAAGGAGUUCUCACCAAACUAGCUCCAGAUGAAUUCGAUUCUUUGAAGAAACUCGCUCAAGCAAUUGCCAAAACCGGUGUUGAAUCCUACAUGGACGAUGAAGACGAAGCCGACGAGAAAGCCGAAACCAUGACACUUAUGGAAGAAAUCGAAGCUGAAGCAAGACUAGAAGAACAAGGCAUCUACGUUGGCCAAAUCGAAACCAUCUUGGCCAACGUUAAAGCUCAACUCAACAUUGACAACGAUGAUCCCAAGUUGAUUCUACCAUCUGCCCCAACCGCAAUGGAGAAACACUGUUUCUUGGAUUCCAAGAAGGUUCCAUUGUUAUUCGUCAUUAGUUGCUCCUCCUUAUCCAUUAUGACUGGAAUGUGGCUAUUUGCUACAUCCACGCCUCUUUUCUUGCUAUAUUCUCCUUUCAUUCUCCUCGUCGCUUUCUACUAUUGUUUCAGUGUCGUUCCCAUGAUCUUUUCAAAGAAAUUUGACUACCCCGCACAUCGUAAAUUGGUUGAAGAUUUCUCGAAACGACAAGAUUUCGAGCUGCCUUCAGUAGAUGUUUUGUUACCAUGCUGCGGUGAAUCACUUGCCGUCUUGAACAAUACGUAUAUGAACAUCAAGCGACUCAAAUGGGGUGGUAAAUUAAAAGUCUGGGUGCUUGAUGAUGGCUGGAAGGAUGAAGUGAAACAGCUUGCAUAUCUAUAUGGAUUCGAGUAUAUCAGACGUGCUGACAGACCACACCUCAAGAAGGCCGGAAACAUGCGUAACGCAUUCAAGUACCUUAAGGGCGAUUUCAUGGCCAUUUUCGAUGCUGAUUUCUGUCCAAGGCCUGAAUUCCUUUACGAAACUGUGCCUUACAUGUACAAGGAUCCCAGUAUUGCUAUUUUGCAAACUCCACAGUACUUCCGAUGCAAACCUGAACAAACAUGGAUUGAACGUGGUGCUGGGCUAGUUCAAGAGCAGUUUUAUCGUGUUAUACAAGUAGGUCGAGAUACAUACAAAGGUGCUAUUUGUGUCGGAACGUCAGCUUUAUACCGUCAUGCUGCCCUUGAGCCAUUUGGAGGUACUGCCGCAGUAGAACACAGCGAGGACGUCCGAACUGGAUUCAUGUGUAUGACCGCCGGAUACAAUGUUCGAUACAUACCCGUUGUCCUGUCAAUGGGUAUUUGUCCUUACGACUUGAAGUCUUUCUUCAACCAACAAUACCGAUGGUGCUCUGGCUCUGCUGAUCUACUCUCCAGUAAAAUCUUUUGGGAGACCAAGUUGACUCUUUUACAACGUGCUUGUUUCCUCAGUGGGAUAUUCUACUACUUUUGCACUGCUGCUGAAACCAUCAUGAACCCUCUUCCAGCGAUGCUACUCAUCUUUCUCCGCCCAGAAAUGAUUAAAUGGUUCAAUAUCUGUUUCGCUGCUCCAUCGAUGAUCUCAGCCAUGAUCUGUGUCUACUGGUGGAGUGUCUACCGUGCUUCAGCCCUUUCCUUCCGUGUACGAACAAUCCAGUUUUACGCACAUCUGUUUGCCAUCAAGGAUCGAACAUUCGGCACCCAAAUGGGCUGGGUUCCAUCUGGACAAGGCAAAUCAGCAGCCAAGACACGAUACCUCACUGCCGUGCGACUGUGUACUGUAUGGUGCACGACGCAACUCCUCGUCAUCUUGGGUGGUGCUGCAUGGAGAAUCUGGGGAGGGUAUGAGUGGUAUAACUUUGUGCCAAUGAUUCUAUUGGCGCUGUACAACUUUUACUUCAACUUUGACCUCAUGAGGGGAUAUGAAGGUGCUUAA